AUGUCGCCCACAGCAAAGCAGCACCUCGCCACCAUGAUCACCUCGAGUUUCCUGCAGCUUUACAAAACGCCCUGGCUUCUGGAUCUGAUGACCGGUGACCACAUCAUCUUCCUGAAGAAGCCGGACGAUCCCGGAAACGUGUAUAUGCAAUUCAAUGACGCCUUCGUCAUGAAGCGGCAUACCGAGGACACGAGAAAAGGCGAACACAAUCUUAAGAAUGCUUCUUUCGUUCGGAAUCCGGCCUUGGUGUCACUUGGCAUCCUUCUUUCAGAGCUCCAUCAUGGCAAGACGAUCGAUUCGUGUCAGGAAUCAUAUGAGAGACCUUACAAUGACAACGAAAACUUGUUCCGAGCCUCACUCACGGCUCAGAGGCUCUUCAUGGAGAGAAACUGGCUGAACAAGGAGUACGCCAAUGCGGUGCAACUCUGUCUCUGUGGCGACUUCGCUGGGCCUGAGCGAGAUGUGACAGAUGAGACCUUCCGACAAGAGAUGUAUGAGAAAGUUGUGAGGCCACUUGAGGAAUCAAUCAGAAGGUUAACGUUUUCUUGA